AAAUAAGCUUAAGGGAAUUAAUAUUGACGAAUUUAUUCAAGCUAUUCAAAUGCUUGUAUAUGAUAAUUUUCUAGAAGAUCAAGUAGAACAAGAAAUCACUGAAUUGUUGCUUGCAAUAGUUUGGCAACAACAUCAAGAGCACACUCAAAAAUUUGUAUAUGAAAUGUUUUUAUAUCAAAAUUGGCAUAUACAAGAUAAUAAAGAUAUAGGCUUAGAAAAGCUAUAUUCAGUAUGUUCACGAUUUGCUUAUGAAACAUAUAUAAAGCAACAAAGAGAUUUUGUAAAAUCAGGAAAAUAUGGAGUUCUUAAAUGUGAUGAUGAGCUACUACAAUGUCACUAUAAUGAUUUAUCAAAUCUUAUGCAAAAUGUUUCAAAACAAAUUUUAGAAAAUGGAAAGAUACCAAAACUUCAAGAUAACUCAAAUAAUUUACAGCAAAGUACUUUUGAAAUGACCAAUGUUGACAAUAUUACAAACUAUAAGGAAAUUAAAAUGAUUGAGUCAGAUAAAAGCGAUACAUCUUUACAUCUGUUUGGUUUAGAACUUAAUCUACGCAUUUCUCAAAAUGCAGUAUUACAG